AAGUUCGCCACGAACAUCAAACUCUCCUCUGAAAUCAAUCUCCAACUCUCAUCAAGCUGUCAACCUAAGGGGAAGGAUGCUCACUAUAGCUACUCUCACCAUUGAAUCAAACUAGCCGUCAUCAUUUCUACUCCCCCACUUAUGGCAGAGACAAUGGAUGAUCUAAUGGUAACCGUGCAGGAUAUUUUGCGCGAUUCGGAAGAAGUCAAGGUUGCCAUCAGUGCAAGAAUUGUAGAAGUGGAAGCAUCGACGAAUUCUUCCAACCCAUUCCCCGAUAUCUCCAUAUGGGAAGAUCCAGGAAAGGCUCGCAUUGUGAGCGUCGUUACAAACCUAGACUAUACAAGUGGAGAAGAACAAGGAUGUAUAUUUAUAUUGAAGCCCAAACCUAGACCAACAUUACCAUCGGAUACAUACAUAGUAGAACAUGUAAUCCCAAUCGUUGGACGGUUCUCCAUCAGCAUGGCGCAACCCAGACGGGCCACUAUUGACCUGUCGAAGGCUACUACAAUAUCCGCCCUGGGCCAAGCUAAAACAGAGCUGACAGUGACUAUACGCCCUGGACAUGAUCCCACCCUAGAGCCGAUAUCGUUUCUCACGCGGAAUACCCAUGGCCUUCGUGCAGUUUUGGCUGAAUGCAAACGGUUGAAAGAACUUUCAGAUGCCAAUUCCGAACCUGGAGUCAUACCCCCUUUCAUUUGGAUCAUACCAUACAUAUCGAACAGACUACCUGAAAUUUUGUCACCGAUACCACCUGACUUGAGACAUGCACAUCGACCUCUGCAUACCCUUCUUUCACCCGCGACUGCAGGUCAGCCUGGCGAUGAGGCCCUUGAUAUCUCUCUCAUAUGUGAGGAGUGGAUCAAGAUGAGGGCUUACGACUUAAUUGCUAGUAGUCCACGGUCGCCGCUCAGAAUACGAGUUGGUACUUUUAACGUGAACGGGAAGCUGCCAUCACAAGAUUUGUCGCCAUGGGUCGGAGGAAGGUCGAGGCCAUCCCAUGUCAUACCUCCACUGAAAGACCUUUCUCCGCUGUCUAUGAGUGAAGCGACAUCAGCAUCCGGUGACUAUUUUGAAGGUAAGGUGGAGCAGACGGAUAGCAUGUCAGUGGCAACGCGCACCACUACCAGCGGUGCCAGCGACGUUAACACCUCAACUGCCUUCUUCACCCAGUCAAGUGCUUCGCCUUCGCGAAUCAUGUUUUCAAGCUCGGCAACCAUCUCGGGAGAUCCGGAAGUUCCAGAUUUGCUCGUUCUUGCCUUUCAGGAACUAGACCUAUCGACGGAAGCGCUUUUGUACUCCACUAAGACGACCAGAGAAGAAGCCUGGUGUACUGCGGCCCUUGCUGGACUUGGGGAGAAGGCGGUCGGAUACCAGAAGCUCAUAUCGAAGCAAUUGGUCGGGAUGCUGAUUAUCAUCAUUGUACGGAAGGAAAUUGCAAACUGUUUCGGGGAGAUGAAAACCACGUCAGUCGGUGCAGGUAUUCUAGGGCUCAUGGGCAACAAAGGCGCCACGGCCAUUCGUUUGGUUUUCAACCCACCACUGCCUGAACCAACGUCAUCAUCGACAUCAGCACAACCCUUUUUACCAGCGCCCCACACCCUCCGUCCCGUCGUUCUCACAUUUGUCAAUUCGCACCUGGCCGCGUUCGAUGAAAUAUGCUACAAUACAACCGGAUGGCUACCCACCAAUCACCAUCCCGUUAACGGCGUAUCAGUGCGAUGCCCUAUUCUGGAUGACUUAAAUUACCGCAUCAAUCUACCGGAUGCCGAUGUGCGCACGUUGCUCGCAGAGGAGCCCAAACUCGAAAGUCUCUCGUUGCUGCAACAAUAUGAUCAAUUGAAGCUCGCAAUGCGAACCAACAAAGCUUUCAAUGACUUUUCGGAGCAUACAAUUACCCAUUCUCCGUCAUACCGGUUUAGUUCAGGCGUGCUGGCAGACGACUUAGGAUAUGAUACAAAGCGCAAGCCGGCUUGGACAGAUCGUGUCCUGCAUAUGUGUUCUGCCGUUGUGGAAGCAAAUCAAAUCUCCUACUCCAGCCAUCCGGAAAUUACAAUGAGUGAUCACAAGCCAGUCUCGUCUGAUAUUCUUCUUCAUGUACCUGUGGUCAAAUCAGAGAAACUGGAGUCAUAUGUCCGAUCGUUAUGGCGGGAUGUGAUGGACUUUGAGAACUCGGAGGAGAUACCACGAAUCAAACUGACCUCCUCGGCCCUGGACUUCGGGAAAAUUUUCUACAAACGCUCUGCUGUUCAGAGUCUCGAAUUAGAAAAUGUGGGCAAGGUAUCUUGCGCCUUUCGUUUUGUGCCGAUCACGAACGAAGCUCCCAUUCAUCCUGACUGGUUGAACAUUAAGCCAAUGAGUGGUCUCAUGCGGCCUGGAGAAAAACUUUUCAUAACGCUCACCGCAAACGUCGAGAAUAUCGUUGCGCGUCGACUUAACGCUGGAUCGGGGCGUUUGGACGACACGCUCAUCCUACAUACCUCGCUGGGCAAAGAUCACUUCAUUUCUAUCAGUGGACAAUACCAACGAACUUGUUUUGCCACAAGUCUUGAGCGUCUGGUUAGACUUAGUGGACCUGCCCGAAGCGCAGAGGGUGACUCUGCGCUACUUCCGGAAGAAGAUGCCAUGAAUGCACCUCAAGAGGUGAUGAAAUUGGUCAACUGGCUGAUGAGCAAUGCUACCGAAAUCAAGAACCUUUUCUUAUCGCCGGGAGAUCCAGCACUGGUUGCGGAUAUUCGUGAGUGUCUGGAUACUGGUGUUGAAUUGACUCAGCCAUCCACGUGCGAUAUGGAACGGGUUGCAUUGGCUGUGGCGACAUGUCUGCUUGAGUUGUUGGAAUCUUUACCUCAACCUGUUAUUCCUGUCACAUUACAAUCAAGAUGCGCCCGCGUGUCAAGCAGGGACGAGGCAUUUGGGAUACUCGACGAAUUACCAAGUGCCUCGGUGAACGUCUGGAUCUCCGUUACUGCAUUCUUACAUUUUAUUAGCCAACAGAAUCCGACCAAUACUCAACCUCUUGACGUGAGAAGAUUGGCUGACACUUUUGUAUCGAUACUCCUGCGAGAUGAUCUCGACGUAGUCGCACCAAUAUCUCCGAUCUGCAAACGGAAUUUCGUACUGUUUUUCAUAGCACCAGGUUGAAAUGUUGUUCAAGUGUGCAGUAUGCUUGCCGAGGUAGGACUAUUGUAACAUAAUAGAUACGAGGUUAUCAUAAAUAAAUGCUACGUCAUUGAAGAAAGUACAAUAGCUAAC